AAAGGAAUUUCGACUCAUUUGGGUACACUUAAAGAUGCAAUACUUUACUUUGCAAUUUGCAGCUGCAGUGCUAGUUUCGGGGGUGUUCAGCAAAAGUGCAUACAGGCCCCGCGAGCCUCGUAUGUUUUGGCGUUCUUAUACGGAAACUAUGGUGGUAACGGACGUUGUAACAUCGAUACUGCCUUCAUCUUGCGUACAUGUCGAACCAACAUUGCCAGCAUGUCGCGGUUUGCGUAAUUUGGAAACAUUUCCGGAGUUUGUAGGACGAGAAAUCCAUUCCAACCAAGUUAAAGGUAGACAAUUAGUGCAACCACCCCUAGUUGUUGAUAAGGACCAUCACCAGCUGAUGUUAGCCCCGUUGAACGAAACGAGAGUAGUUGGAUGGGCGGAAUAUUUAGGUCUUGUAGGUGCCACAUUUACAGUGACGGAGGUUCAUCUAAAAACUACUACAGUAAUUGAUCCACGUACGGUUGUGACAUUUUCAGUGAAAGGAUGCAGGCCGUCACGAUUACCAAUGGAGUUGGAUCGAUGUCCUGUCAAUCAAUACAAUGUUGACGAAAUUGUACCCUCCUCUGUGUCACCACCAAGUAUAACACCGACAGCCCUACCUGGCAGCUUGAUGGCAAUGAAUGACGAGAGAAAUUCAAAAAAUCUUGAACCGUCUUCGUCUGGCAUCCCCAUGGAAAAUCUUUCCCAAACCUUAACUGAAGAUUUAAGUGACGUAACACUGAGGAGAAGGAACAGCUAAUUGAUUCUUUAGUUAUAUACGCCUACGUUUUAUCAGUGUAAAGAAAUUGACUAAUUAGGAUAGAAUAAAACAUUGAGUUUGGUUAGCUAUAA